UGUUGAUUUCUGAUUUUUGUUAUUCUUGCACAUCUAACAGCUUUGUUUCUAAAAUGAUAUUGAUUCUUUCAGUGAUAUCAGUUGUUUGCUGGUUAUGAUGCUGGAAUAAUAUGGAAACUUUAAAAUAAGGAAAUGCCACAUUUUUGUUGAGAUGAAACUUAAAAAAAAGUUAAAAUUAUUGAUAGAAACUGAACAUUGUCACAGAUGUGAACUUGAACACUUAUAAUUAUUUGAUUGGAUAAAAAAUAUGACCUCAUUUGAAGAAAAAAUAAAAACUGUUCUUCUUGCAAUUUGAUAAAAAAAAGUAUAACAACCAAUGGCUUUUCAGACAUUUCAAAGUUAAGACAGAAAAUAAUCUUGCUUUGAAAUGACACAAGAAAAUGGAAAUCGGUUUACAGGGAUGAAAUAUGGAGACAGAGAAAAUGUUGGUGGAAGUGAAAAGAUGUUUUCAGACAAAUUCAAUUCACUAAACUUCUCUCAAUAUGAUACUGAUUCAUGGAAGUCUGAAGAAUCAUCUAGAAGUCACUGGUACCAGUCUCCUGUCUUAGACAAUGGAAACAACACUGGCAUAUCAUCUUCAGAGAAAAACUAUAAAAAUGGUAGUAUUUUAAAUGUACCAAAUGUAAAGUGUAAUGUCACAUUUUCUAGAAAUAUGGUGUCAAAUGGAAUAAGUAAAUUAAAUAGAAAUUUUCAUCAAUCAGAUGAGUUGCAAAAGCAGAUGAGUGAAGGAGUUUUAGACCCAAUCACAUCAGUUACAAGUGAAUAUGAACAAAUUCCAUUAUUUGAACAAGGGUCUAUAAAUCAUGGAAAAACUUAUAAUAAUAGAAAUUCACAAAAUCAUAACCACGGUAAUGAAAUAAAGCAAAAAACUUUUACGUCCAGAAGAAAGAGUACCAUUCCAAAACGAAGACCACAGCAAAUUACUACAAAGUGUGACGAAGAUCUUCUCGAAAGAGAAGUGAAGAAAUAUUUAUUGAAAAUUCCAUCAUGGAAAACUGCACUUCCAAAUACCGAUUCUGAUAAAACAGAGAAGUCAAACGCCAUCACUGAUUCUGAUAAAACAGAGAAGUCAAACUCCAUCACUGAAUCUAUUGAUGCUGAUGUACAGGAUGUAUCAGUAUCUUGUGCUGACAUUUCAGAAAAUAAAAGUUCAGUUGAUACCUACUCAGAUAUUGGAAUUAUUCGGGAACAUGAAAAUUCUGAUUCAGAAAAAACUGAGGAAGACAUUCAAAAACAACCAAUGCAUGGAAAUUUAUUAAAUAUCCCAUCAUAUACAAAUACAGUUAAAGAAUAUAAAACAGAUAAUGAUUUAGAUGCUAAAUCAAGAAACAAAACUAAAACGUACAAACCAAAAGACAGAGUUGUUUGUAAGCUAUGUGGUAAAUCUUUUGGCCGACCAAGUGAAUUACGAAGACAUUCUGUUAUACAUACCGGGGAAAGAAAUCAUAAAUGUGAAGAGUGUGAAAAAGUAUUUACACAGCGAUAUCAUUUGAUUCGACAUGUUAAAAAUGUACAUAAGAAAGAGCUAGAAAAUUUAGUUUGCGGUAUUUGUAAUGAAACAUUUAACAGUGAAUAUCUAUUAAAAAGGCAUGUCACAAGGCAUGGGGUUAUGACCUAUGCAUGUGAAGUUUGUAGAAAAGAGUUUAAAACUAAACGUCAAAUGAAAGAACACAUACUUAGCCUGCAUGCUGGUGUGAAGCCUUUCAAGUGUGACCAGUGUGACAAAAUGUUUACUCGUAAAUAUCACUUGGAAAGACAUUUAAUGAUGCAUGCUGGAACAAAAGAUUACCAAUGUGAAUACUGCGGAAAAGAAUUCAGCACCAAAGGUAAUUUAUUGUCACAUGUGAGACGAGUACAUUUGCAAAUUAAAGAAUAUACAUGUGGAGUAUGUCAAAAAGGAUUCUUUUCACCAAAAGAUUUACAGACCCAUUUCAAAACACACACUGGUGAAAAACCAUAUCAGUGUGACAUCUGCUUAAAAAAAUUUACAGAAAAAUCUAACAUGGAGUGGCAUUUACGAAUUCAUUCUGGUGAACGGCCAUACCAGUGUGAGUAUUGUGAAAAAACUUACACAAGGAUGCCACAUCUACUGAGACACAGAAAGGAGGGCUUGUGUGCAUUACGGGCACUUAGAUUUAAAAAUUCAAAAAUGGAAUCAAAACUUAAUGAUAUGAUAAUGGAUCAAGUCGAAAAAGAAAAUUGCUUGACGAGCAGAGACAAAAAUUCUGAAGUGACAUCUGAUAGUGACAUUGAAAACAUUUAUACAGCAGAGAAAAUCACGGACGAUGAAGAGUCUAAUGCAGAGUUAUCUUCCAUGGUCAGACAUAACAUUUCUAAAUCAAAUGAAACUGAUAGUGAAUCAACUUAUGAUGAAGAUUCUUCUGAUGAAGACAUGGAUGUGAAUGGAGAUUAUAGCAUGGAGGAUAAAUAUUUCUCUGAGAAUGAAGAAACAGAUUUACAAACUUAAAUAUAAAUCCACUUGUUUGUACAUGGAUACUAUGAGAAUUUUUUAAUUCAUUGAUGACAUAAAAAAAAUUGUUUUGCCUAAGAUCUGAUACAGUACUAGUACAUCAAGGAUUUAGUAUAGUUAGACUAUACAAGUUCCAGUCAAUAGAUAAUUUAUAUUUUGUUGGAAAUUUAUUUUUGUAAACAAUAAAAUUAUUAAUUAUUAAUAACCCCACAAAUAAAGUCCUGUUUAAAUUCAUAAGUACAAAAUGUAAUUACAAGUUUUCUAGUGGUUCAGAGGACAUUAUUUUCCUUUAAUAUAUAUUUUGUUGUAUGCAAAAUAUUUACAGAUUUGUUGAAAGUUAUUUAUUAAGAUUCAUGGCUUUGAUGAUAUAUAUAUUAUUGGCAUGGAAGAUAACUCCAUUACAUGCAUAACAAUCACAUGUGUAAUGCGAUAAAUUAAAAUAUCUGUUU